UCACACUGCUUGUGACGUCACAUUGUUUUUUCCCUAUUGAGUUAAUGAAUCACCCACAACCAAACGAAGUUCCUUGUUUUCAUUAAUUAAUUGUCUGCGUAGGGAGGAAAUUAGGAUGUUUUCCAGCGGCCCCAACUACAACAAGCUGAAGACCAAUCUUCGAUUGGCGCUGAAUCGCCUGAAAUUGCUGGAGAAGAAGAAGGCGGAGCUGACGCAAAAGUCGCGCAAGGAGAUUGCCGACUAUUUGGCCACGGGAAAAACGGAGAGGGCACGAAUUCGCGUGGAGCACAUUAUAAGAGAGGACUACCUGGUGGAGGCCAUGGAAAUGGUGGAGAUGUACUGUGACCUGUUGCUCGCCCGUUUUGGCCUCAUCACCCAGAUGAAGGAGCUGGACACCGGGAUAGCUGAGCCCGUGGCCAGCCUGGUGUGGGUGUGUCCCCGCCUACAGAGCGAUAUAGCCGAGCUGAAGAUCAUAUCGGAUAUAUUUAUAACCAAAUAUGGGCCCCAGUUCGCCGAGCAAUCGCGAACGGCGACGGGCGAGCAUUUCGUUUCGGAGAAACUGAUGCACAAGCUCACGCUGCAGGCGCCGCCCAAGCUGCUGGUGGAGAAGUACCUCAUAGCCAUUGCCAAGAACUACAACAUCGAGUACGAACCGGAUCCGCAGGUCAUGCAGGAGGAGCAGCCACAGCAGCCGCAUCUGAUUGAUUUAUCAGAUAGAAAUAACUUGAGUGGAGGUGGUGGUGGGGCAGCGCCACCGCAAAUGGGUUUCAUUGGCUAUCCAGCAGUGCCGCCACUGCCCAAUAUGCCGGAACCCCCAAGCGUCAAGCCCUUUAACUAUCCACACUUCGGAGGAGGAGGAGGUGGUGGAGGUGGAGAUGGUGCUCCCGCUGGAGCCUAUGCUCUGCCCCAUAAUCAGCCCAUGCAGCCACCGCCGCCGUUCGCCUACAACAUACCUCCCAAUCAGCCGGCACCGCCUGCAGUUUUGCCUCCCAAAUGCGCCGAGGAAAAGGAUCUGAACACCAACUUCAUCAAUCGUGAAUCGAACAAUACGGAUGACUCGGGCAGCCCGGAUGAGAAUAUUUUGCGCCCCAAACCCGAAAAUGAUCCGCCGCCGCGUUACACCUCUAUUAAUCCCGUAAAUCUCCAGAAUGCCAACAAACCCAAACCACAACCCCGAUCCAAGCUGCCGCCGGGUAAUCCCACGUUGCCAAGUGCUCCUCCAGCGCUGGAUUUCCCAUCGCUGCCCAAUGUACCCAACGAUCUGCCAGAUAUUCCUGGCGGAGGUCCUGCUAAGAAGGACGACGAGGAAGAGAUUGAUUUUGAUGACCUCUCACGGCGCUUUGAGAACCUCAAGAAACGAAAAUAAUAUGCUGGGCAGCAGAUCAACCUUUUAAUUCUACAGUAUAUUUGUUAUAAUCUCGGUCCAGUUCUAUAUAAAUAAUCACAUAUAUGUAAAGAA